CACAUUUUUUUAUCAAUCUGUAAAUAGCGCAUGGCUUUAUUGCAUAAUCAAAAUAAAAACUCCCUUUUACUAUGAAGGCAGUACCGUACGACGCACACUUCCGGGUUUACGUCGCCCUGCCUCCUCCCGAGUCCUAGUUGCCGCCGGGUUCCUGAAGACUUCAUAAACAAAGAACAUGGCUGACUCCGGAUACAACUGGCUGCUGGUCCUGAGCUCGGUUUUUCUGUGCAACAUCGUCAAAACACUAUUACCCUCCAUUUCCUCACUUCUGUCCAAGGUCCUGCAGAAAGAUGCCGAGCAGGAAAUGGAGAUGCGAACAGAAAUCCAGAACAUGAGGUUGGAGCUUUCGUCUAUAAGCAUGAUGGAUGAAUUCGCCAGGUACGCAAGGCUGGAGCGCAAGAUAAACAAGAUGACGGACAAGCUGAAAACUCACGUGAAAUCGAGAACGGCUCAGCAGGCUAAAAUGAAAUGGAUUGUCAACAUCAUUUUCUACAUCCUUCAGGCAGUGCUCAUGAUCUCACUCAUCUGGAAGUAUUACGCAGACCCAGUCACUGUGGUUCCCAGCAAGUGGAUUUCACCACUGGAAAGACUUGUAGCUUUUCCAUCUGGAGUUGCAGGUGGUGUCGGAAUAACGUGCUGGUUGGUGGUCUGCAACAAAGUGGUAGCCAUUGGCAUUCAUGCUUUUAGCUAAUUCCUGUUGUAAGGCGUCUACAACUGUGGAAAAUUCUCAACAAGAUCUCAAACCAGUGUUUGUAAAAAAAACAUGUUCUUAUUGGAGCUAUCGUUUCAGCAGAGCCAAACUAUGCAGUCUGUUUAAAGGCGACAUUUUGGCUGGCAAAUUUCCCCUCGUUGAAUUUCAGAAAGCCCGAACAAUCUAGUCCCUCAUUUCUCUUGUAUAGCAAAAAGGAAAAAAUGAGCUUUUUGCUGUAACUUUGUCAACUUGAGCAUCAUUACACAUCGAUCAUUUUAAUAAUUAUUUUUUUUAAUAUCAGGGGUUUAUGAUGAUCUAAAAUGUAAAUAGAGCUGUGUCGCUUUAUUGCACUUGUGUAUAUAUAGAUGGUCAUCAGUGCAUUUAAGAAAUGCCCCCCCCCCUCCAAAUAAUUUACAGCUAACGAAAUGAACAUUCCUGUACUUAAAAACUAAAGCGAAUAGAACUGGACAAUGGAAACACUAGUGACGUUUGGUAACUCUGGUUCUAUAGAACACUGGAUAACAGCCAGGGACGAUGAAGGUCAUGUGGAAAUCUUCUCGUGUGCACGGUUAGGUAGAAAUGGUGCCUGUGAUAAAUACUACGUCAUCAUGUGGUCACACAAUAAAGGUGUCCAGGUGAUCAUCACUAUCCCUGGUGGUUAGGAGAGCUGAAACUGAACCUGCUUUAUAUUUAUUGAUCUGUGGCUGUAUUUGUCGGUUUUCUUUGUGCCUGUGUGUUGUAAUUAAUUUAGUGCACAAUUCUGUUUGCGGAAAAUUUCAUUGAGGAAAGAGAUCGUCCAUGCACACGAACAGUGUCCUGUAUUAUAUUUUCAGUUGAAAAGGGGUAGCAUUGGUCCACUGUGAAAGAAAAUAAAAUCUUACUGCACCCUGGCUUGA